AUGCGCGCUACUACAUCCACUGCUCUCAUGGCUGCCCUCGCGGGAUCUGCCUCGGCCCACAUGAUGCUGUCGUUCCCUGCCCCCUUGAACAGCAAGUACAACCCCUUCGCGGACUCUGGCAAGAUCGACUACUCCUACACCGCGCCUCUUGCGGCAGACGGAUCAGACUACCCGUGCAAGGGCUACCAGAGCGACCUGGGCACCCCCGCUGGUCAGUCAACCGCCUCCUUCGCGGUCGGCGGCCAGGGCAACAUCACCGUCGUUGGCGGAGCUGCCCACGGCGGUGGCUCGUGCCAGAUCUCUCUGUCCACCGAUGGCGCCAAGACCUUCAAGGUGAUCCAGAGUAUCAUCGGAAACUGCCCCACCAACGGCGAGGGCAACUUCGACUUCACCGUCCCCUCAGACGCCCCUGCCGGAGAUGCUGUUCUGGCCUGGUCGUGGAACAACCGCAUCGGCAACCGUGAGUUCUACAUGAACUGCGCCGCAGUCACCCUCACUGGCGGCAGCGCCAAGAGGGAGGCCACCGACAAGCGAGCAGCCUCCUUCUCUUCGCUUCCCGACAUGUUCGUCGCCAACAUCGGCAACGGUUGCAACGUGGCGGAGGGUGGCGACGUCGACUACCCCAACCCGGGCGAGGCAGUCACCAAGAACAGCGACAACCCAGAGGCCCCCAGCGGAAGCUGUGGCUCCUCGGGCUCAUCCAGCGGCUCUGGCUCCUCUGACUCUGGCGCCGCCGCAGAAGUGACCGCAAGCCUGCCAGUUGGCGGUGGUAUCUUCGCAACCGUGUCUGCCUCCGUCGAGGUCCCUGCUGCAACCCAGGCUUCCACCACCCUCGCAACCGUCACCAGCGCCACCCCGACACCAACCCCAGAGACCGCAGAGCCUGCCGCUGCCGCCCCUGCUACCGGCGACUCUGGAUCAACCGCUGCAGGCUCUGCGUGCACAACUGAGGGCGAGUGGAACUGCGUUGGCGGUUCCUCCUUCCAGCGCUGCGCUUCGGGCGUGUGGAGUGCCGUCCAGAGCCUCGCUGCUGGCACCUCGUGCGAGGCUGGCGUCGCAGCCAACCUGAAGAUGGUCAGCGCGAGGAGGGCCGGCCGGUUCCACCAGCGCCGGUUUGCCGCCUAA